AUGGGUCAAGGAGGACAGAUGGAAUCUGGAUCUUUCCCCGCCCUCGCCUCUCUCGCCUUCCUCGCCUGCACCAUCGACCCCUUUGAGAUGCACGCCCUCGCUCGCUCGCUCCACACGCUCACCCACCUCGCCCUCCACGACUGCCCCUCGGUGUCCAGCCACGCCCUCGCACCGCUGGUUGAAGCCAACCCGGCUCUCUCCUCCCUCGCCCUCCAUGGCACCACCUACCACCUCUUCAGCGCCCCGCCCUUCCGCUCUCUCCUCCUCCUCUCCUCGCCCCGCCUGCACACGCUCGACCUCUCAGGCCUGCCGUCCUUCCGCCCGGGCAUGCUGGCCCCCUGCAGUGGCCUGCACUCCCUCACGCUUAAAGGAAAGGCGGAGAAACUUGCAGCACCGAGAGCAGCAGGGCCUGCGGCAGAAGCAGAGGCAGCAGCGGCAAUAGUACGGGCAGUUAACCCGAGAAACGGGGAAGGCAGAGAGUAUGUGGACGUUCGAACGGCGGCAGCAGCCCGAGCGGACCUGAUAGAGUCAAGCCAGGACGUGGUCACUCUCUUGAAAGCGGCCCAGGAGUGCCACAUAGCCGUGCCUUCCGCUUCUCACUCGGCUCGCCUGGCACGGGCACAGCGCCGAGAUGCCGUGUCCGAGAUCAAAUACGCCACUAGGAAGAUCAGGGCGGGCAUCUCAACGUGGCGCUCGCUGCGAGUGGCGGUGUCGCAGAAAAACGAGGCGACCGCGCGGGAGGAUGCACUGAGUGAGGCGUUUGCAGCUGCCACCACUGCAGGCGUGUUUGUGGACACGCGGAGCAGGGUAGGCGAGGGCGAAGGGGGGUUGGCUCGUUUGGAAGACUUUGAUGGGAUGGUGCUGGACCAUGACUUGCCUGUUGAUGGUGCUGAUGGGGCUCAAGGGAGUGACGAUGAGGGUGAGAUUGGGGGAAUUUCUGCUGCGGUUGACCCACAGGCGCAUGCGCUGGGUGUGAUGGAGUCGCUGCUGCAGCAGUUUCAUGAGCAGAGCAACGCGGCGACAGAGAGCUCUCAGCCGCAGUCCUUUGAAUCGCUUUCAUUUGCUGAUGCGUUUGGGCGGCUGAAGCGCCUCAUACUGGUGUCGUGCUUCGGGCUGAAGGAGGAGCAGCUGCUGCUGCUGCUGCGUGCCUGCCUGCCCCAUGCUGGUGGCCCUAACCGUGGAACACAGUGA